AUUUGAUUUGAUUUUUUUGUUGGGUGGUGGUGGUGGUUAGCAUUGAAGUUUUAAAGUUAUGAAUACUAUUGUAUUAUUGUCUAUGCCACAACUAGGGUUACCUUGAAUUUUUCACAUUCUGGUUGUACAUUAUUGUUUUGUUUGGCACAAUCACAAGUAUCUUAACCAUUUUUGAGUUCUGGUGAAGGCCACUUGAUCUUUGUGAUACAAAUCAAACAAGCCCAGAUGUCCUGUCUCUUGGGUAUCAAGGCUCUCUUGCUGGUGGUUUACCUAUGUCAAAUCAUAGUUCUGUUUCAUCUGUGCAUCCUUCAGCUGGGCUAAAUUCAUCACUUCCAUCAUCUUCUGGUAUUGGUCUUAGCAAUAACUUAACAUCAUCUGGUCCAUUGGCAGCCCCUGCCAGGGAUAGUAGAUAUGGAGUUUCACGAACUCCACCUUUAUCAGUUGACGAACAGAAGAGAAUACAACAAUAUAAUCAGAUGAUAUCUAGCAGAAACAUGCCGCAAUCUACCAUGUCUGUUCCUGGAUCUCUUUCAGGAAGUGAUCUUGGUGGUGUGCGAAUGUUGCCUGGUGGAAAUGGUAUGGGCAUGUUGGGGUGGGAUUAACAGAAGCAUUAGACCAGGGUUUCAGGGAGUGCCAUCAUCAUCUAUGCUUAGUUCUGGAGGCAUGCCUUCUUCUAGUAUGGUGGGGAUUCCAAGCCCUGUAAAUAUGCAUGCUGGAGUUGGUGCUGGACAAGGAAACUCAAUGCUGAGACCUCGGGAGACUGUACAUAUGAUGAGGGUGAGAAGUGCUCUGGUUCUCUCUUCAAAUU